UAAAUAAAUAAAUUAUCCUAAUAAUUAUUAUUAAUUUUUCUAAUAAAAAAAGCAACGGUUGGCCUGGUGGGGGACCUAGUAAAGCAUGGCGGGCCGCCAGGCUUAUACUACACUGGGGGAAACCCUGAAGUGGACAUUUCUUGUGCCCUGGUUGAAGGGAAAAGGGGGAAUUAAUAUUUUAUUUGUUCUGCCUUAUGUAAAGAGGUUUAGGUUCUUUAGAUUUCAAUAAUUUCUUCCGACUUUAAAGUUUAUUGUGGUGACUAAAUAGUUGGUUUUCUUGUUAUGUCAGUUUAAUAAAGUUAGGCUGAAUCAUUUUGCCUAAAAUUCUAAUGUUUCUCUGGGUCAGAUCUGUCAUAAACUGGGUCAUUGGUGCCGCUCACUGAUCGUGGUACCGGACUGAUAUUGAAACCAAGCACCCUCCAUUUUAGUUUUCUCGCAUGGUUAGAGGUGCUACACAUAUAUGACAUAUUUUCUUUUAUGUGUAGCAUAAAAGUCCUCUGGUCCCAAUAUACAGAUAUAUACAGUAUAUAUACUGAGCCGAUACAGAACCGGUUCUAUGGAUUAUCGUGACCUGAGGCUGCUGUUCAGGUUCCUAGUUCAGUUGGAUCAGAACUCUGCUCUCCAGAUCUUCAAAUGUGUUUCUGAGUGUGAAUGUCUGAGUAUUUCAUAUUAUUCAAAAUAGUAGUUUUCAAAAUUACAUUUCAGCAGAAGAAUAACUGAAGGUAUUUCUAUAGGUUGUCAACACUUCCUGUAAAUCAGGAACCUAAACAGUUUCCUGUUCACAGUAAAGGUUGGUAUCUUUAGUUCCAACCACAGGAAGUCUCUACUGUUCUCACUGCUUCUUGUUUCUCAGCCUUCAGCUGUUGACAGACUCCAAUCAUCAACCCAAGAUGAAGAACUGGUUGGCAAGUUUUCCUCUGAAGAAACUCAGUGUCUUUGCUGUCCUCAUCGUGGCUUUUGUCUACAAUGUCCUGUAUGAGGGGAGAAAUGUUGGGCUUGACUGGCUUUGAAUUUGGUUUUUCCAUGUUUCAUUAUUUUGGCCUUGAUGAUAUGGAUCGAUGAGAGCUGCUUUAAAAUAUGUAGACUAAAAUGUUCCUGUGGAAUGGAAGGUCAGAACGAUCAGCAACGGAGCGAACAGCAACGAAUCAGAGUACCAAAAUGUUUAUUUUGGGAACUAUUCUUGAGUUCGUUUUGCAAAGCCUGUCUCGUCAGCCUGCUUUGGUUUCUGUUGGUGUUGAUCGAUGGAGAUUGGUUUGUCUGUUGUCGGAAUGACGGUUCUGAGCAGCAGUCACAUUUAGCCUGCAAAGAAAAAAACAACAUCACAGCCGAGGAAAAGGUGAUCAUCACACAACUGAAAAAUAGAUCCAGGUAGGCGGGCUUUGGUGGAGUCAUCGGGGUCCUUGUGUUACUAUUGUUGAUGAAAGUAUUUCAUAGGAAGAAAUGCUGUAGCAACUUCUGUGGCAACUGCUGCAAUUGUGACAGAAUGAGGAUCUAUUACAAGAUGGUUCUUGAAGAGAACGAAGAGGUUCUGGAAAAUGAAUUAAGAGAAGCUGCGAAGCGAGAUCUGACUGAAAGAAUCCGAAACAAAAUACAGCAGGACAAAUGGGAGGAAUGUUCUGGCGGCUGCAGACCAAAGAUUGUCCAAAAAACAGAGCAGCAACAGGAUCGUCAACAAGGGCAGCAACUUGGCCCACGAACAGAGCAGCAAAAACUGCAGCAGCAACGAGACCAGCAACUGGAGCAGCAACUGGAGCAGCAACUAGACCAACAACCAGAGCAGCAACGAGACCAGCAACUGGAGCAGCAACGAGACCAGCAACUGGAGCAGCAACUGGACCAACAACCAGAGCAGCAAAAACUGCAGCAGCAACGAGACCAGCAACUGGAACAGCAAAAACUGCAGCAGCAACGAGACCAGCAACUGGAGCAGCAACUGGACCAACAACCAGAGCAGCAAAAACUGCAGCAGCAACGAGACCAGCAACUGGAACAGCAAAAACUGCAGCAGCAACGAGACCAGCAACUGGAACAGCAAAAACUGCAGAAGCAACAAGACCAGCAACUGGAGCAGCAACUGGAGCAGCAACUAGACCAACAACCAGAGCAGCAACGAGACCAGCAACUGGAGCAGCAACGAGACCAGCAACUGGAGCAGCAACUGGACCAACAACCAGAGCAGCAAAAACUGCAGCAGCAACGAGACCAGCAACUGGAACAGCAAAAACUGCAGCAGCAACGAGACCAGCAACUGGAACAGCAAAAACUGCAGAAGCAACAAGACCAGCAACAAGACCAGCAACUGGAGCAGCAACGAGACCAGCAACUGGAACAGCAAAAACUGCAGCAGCAACGAGACCAGCAACUGGAACAGCAAAAACUGCAGAAGCAACAAGACCAGCAACAAGACCAGCAACUGGAGCAGCAACUAGACCAGGGAUCUGAACGCUGCAUUUGA